AUGAAGAAGUUUUUCGACUCCCGGCGAGAGCAGGGCGGCUCUGGCCUGGGCUCUGGCUCCAGCGGAGGUGGGGGCAGCACCUCGGGCCUGGGCAGUGGCUACAUCGGAAGGGUCUUUGGCAUUGGGCGACAGCAGGUCACUGUGGACGAGGUGUUGGCGGAAGGUGGAUUUGCUAUCGUGUUUCUGGUGAGGACAAGCAAUGGAAUGAAAUGUGCCUUGAAACGCAUGUUUGUCAACAAUGAGCAUGAUCUCCAGGUGUGCAAGAGAGAAAUCCAGAUAAUGAGAGACCUGUCGGGGCACAAGAACAUUGUGGGCUACAUUGACUCCAGUAUCAACAACGUGAGCAGUGGUGAUGUAUGGGAAGUGCUCAUUCUGAUGGACUUCUGUAGGGGAGGCCAGGUGGUCAACUUAAUGAAUCAGCGCCUGCAGACAGGUUUUACAGAGAAUGAAGUACUCCAGAUAUUUUGUGACACCUGUGAAGCCGUUGCCCGCCUGCACCAGUGCAAAACUCCUAUUAUCCACCGUGACCUGAAGGUUGAAAAUAUCCUCUUGCAUGACCGAGGCCACUAUGUCCUGUGUGACUUUGGAAGCGCCACCAACAAAUUUCAGAAUCCACAAACUGAGGGAGUCAAUGCAGUAGAAGAUGAGAUUAAGAAAUACACAACGCUGUCCUAUCGAGCACCAGAAAUGGUCAACCUGUACAGUGGCAAAAUCAUCACUACGAAGGCAGACAUUUGGGCUCUUGGAUGUUUGUUGUAUAAAUUAUGCUACUUCACUUUGCCAUUUGGAGAGAGUCAGGUGGCAAUUUGUGACGGAAACUUCACAAUUCCUGAUAACUCUCGAUAUUCCCAAGACAUGCACUGCCUAAUUAGGUAUAUGUUGGAACCAGACCCUGACAAAAGGCCAGAUAUUUACCAGGUGUCCUACUUCUCAUUCAAACUACUCAAGAAAGAAUGCCCAAUUCCUAAUGUGCAGAACUCUCCCAUUCCAGCAAAGCUUCCUGAACCAGUGAAAGCCAGUGAGGCAGCUGCAAAAAAGACCCAGCCAAAGGCCAGACUGACAGAUCCCAUUCCCACAACAGAGACUUCAAUUGCACCACGUCAGAGGCCUAAGGCUGGGCAGACUCAGCCAAACCCAGGAAUCCUUCCCAUCCAGCCAGCUUUGACACCUCGAAAGAGGGCCACAGUUCAGCCCCUGCCCCAGGUUGCAGGAUCCAGCAAUCAGCCUGGCCUUUUAGCCAGUGUUCCCCAACCCAAAACCCAGCCCCAACCCAGCCAGCCUCUACCGCAGUCUCAGCCCAAGCAGCCACAGGCUCCACCCACCCCACAGCAGACGCCUCCCACUCCAGCCCAGGCUCUGCCCACUCCAGCCCAGGCCACCCCCCAGCACCAGCAGCAACUCUUCCUCAAGCAGCAACAGCAGCCACAGCCACAGCAGCAGCAGCCACCGCCAUCUUCCCAGCAGCCUGCAGGCACGUUUUACCAGCAGCAACAGCAGCAGCAGGCUCAGCAGGCUCAACAGUUUCAGGCAGUACACCCAGCAGCCCAGCAACCAGCAAUUGCCCAGUUCCCUGUAGUGUCCCAAGGAGGCUCUCAACAGCAGCUGAUACAGAACUUCUACCAGCAACAGCAGCAGCAGCAGCAGCAGCAGCAGCAGCAGCAGCAGCUGGCCACGACCCUGCAUCAGCAGCAGCUGCUGACUCAGCAGGCCGCCUUGCAGCAGAAGAGUGCUGUGGCAGCAGCACAGCAGCCCCAGACACAGCCGGCCGCAGCCCCACAGCCACCACCGGCCCAGGAGCCAGCGAUUCAAGCCCCAGUAAGACAACAGCCAAAGGUUCAAACAACCCCACCUCCUGCCGUCCAGGGACAGAAACUCGGAUCUCUCACUCCUCCAUCAUCCCCCAAGACCCAGCGUGCUGGGCACAGGCGGAUUCUCAGUGACGUAACCCAUAGUGCGGUCUUCGGGGUCCCUGCCAGCAAAUCAACCCAGCUGCUCCAGGCAGCUGCAGCUGAGGCCAGCCUCAAUAAGUCCAAGUCUGCAACCACCACUCCAUCAGGCUCUCCUCGGACCUCCCAGCAAAAUGUUUAUAAUGCUUCAGAAGGUUCUACGUGGAAUCCCUUCGAUGACGACAAUUUCUCCAAACUCACCGCUGAAGAACUACUGAACAAGGACUUUGCCAAGCUGGGGGAAGGCAAACAUCCUGAGAAGCUUGGAGGCUCAGCUGAGAGUUUGAUCCCAGGCUUUCAACCAACUCAAGGUGAUGCCUUUGCCACUCCCUCAUUUUCUGCUGGAACAGCUGAAAAAAGGAAGGGUGGGCAGACUGUGGACUCUAGCCUCCCACUUCUAAGUGUAUCUGAUCCUUUUAUCCCUCUUCAAGUACCUGAUGCACCAGAAAAACUAAUUGAGGGACUCAAAUCUCCUGACACUUCUCUCCUGCUCCCUGACCUCUUGCCUAUGACAGACCCUUUUGGUAGCACUUCCGAUGCUGUAAUUGAAAAAGCCGAUGUUGCUGUUGAGAGUCUCAUACCGGGACUGGAGCCCCCGGUACCCCAGCGCCUUCCAUCCCAGACGGAAUCUGUGACCUCGAACCGCACAGAUUCUCUCACCGGGGAAGAUUCCCUGAUUGAUUGCUCCUUGCUUUCUAACCCUACUACUGACCUGCUGGAAGAGUUUGCCCCCAUAGCGAUAUCCGCUCCAGCCCAUAAAGCUGCAGAAGAUAGUAAUCUCAUCUCAGGUUUUGAUGUCCCUGAGGGCUCGGACAAGGUGGCAGAAGAUGAGUUUGACCCUAUUCCUGUAUUGAUAACCAAAAAUCCACAAGGUGGGCACUCUAGAAACAGCAGUGGGAGCUCUGAGUCCAGUCUUCCCAACCUAGCCAGGUCUUUACUGCUGGUGGAUCAGCUCAUAGACCUGUAG